AAUCCGCUCACCAGAUCUCAACAACCACCAGCAGCAGUGGCCUGGCCGGAGUAUGGUUUCUGUACGGAGCGCAUAGAUGUGCAAAACCCCUGGACUAUCCGCGCGCUGGAGAGGCCAGAACCAACCUCCGUGGGGAACUGUCUUCAUUUAGUCAUCAAAAGGGAAAGAGCCACGGGGAAACCAUGGCGGUAGAAGAGGAAGGUCUUCGGGUUUUUCAGAGCGUUAAAAUAAAAAUAGGGGAAGCAAAAAACAUCCCACCAUACCCGGGGCCAAAUAGGAUGAGGGACUGUUACUGCACUGUCAACCUGGACCAAGAGGAGGUCUUCAGGACCAAGAUUGUGGAGAAGUCACUUUGUCCGUUCUACGGGGAGGACUUCUACUGCGAGAUCCCACGUAGCUUCAGACACCUCUCCUUCUACAUCUUUGAUAGGGAUGUCUUCAGGAGGGACUCUAGUAUCGGCAAGGUUGCGGUGCAGAAAGAGGAUCUGCAAAAAUAUCAUGGGAAAGACACCUGGUUCCAGCUGCAGCCCGUCAGCGCUGACUCAGAAGUGCAGGGAAAGGUGCACCUGGAGCUGCGUCUGAGUGAAGUCAUCACAGACAGUGGAGUCAUCAACCACAAACUGGCCACACGAGUGUUGGAGUGCCAAGGUCUUCCAAUUGUCAAUGGCCAGUGUGAUCCCUACGCUGCUGUCUCCUUACUAGGUCCUUCAAGGUCAGAAGCCAAGAAGACCAAGGUGAAGAGAAAAACCAACAACCCCCAGUUUGAGGAGGUUUUCUAUUUUGAGGUUACACGGCCACUUAGCUACACAAAAAGGCAGUUUGAUGUCGAGGAGGAAGAUGUGGACAAACUGGCACUGAGGGUGGACCUGUGGAACGCUAGCAACCUGAAGUUUGGGGAUGAGUUCCUUGGAGGUGUGCGGGUUCCUCUGCGGGUCUUGGGUCAAGCUGGAGUGCAUGAUGCCUGGUACUUUCUGCAGCCCAGAGAGAAUGGAGGAAAGUCUGUGAAGGUAGACGAGCUCGGCUCUCUACGUCUAAACAUCGUUUACACCGAGGACCACGUCUUCCCCUCUGAACACUACACUCCCCUCAGGGAUCUGCUGCUGCACUCUGCUAAUGUUGAGCCCGUGUCGGCAUCCGCUGCUCAUAUUCUGGGGGAGGUAUGUCGAGAGAAGCAGGAAGCUGCCAUUCCGCUUGUGCGUCUCUUUCUUCAUUAUGGCAAAAUUGUGCCUUUUAUCAGCGCCAUCGCCCACGCCGAGGUUAACCGCACACAGGAUCCAAACACCAUUUUCCGAGGAAACUCACUCACUUCUAAGUGCAUUGAUGAGACCAUGAAACUGGCAGGGAUGCACUACCUGCAAGUCACACUUAAACCGAUCAUCGAUGAGAUCUGCACAGAACACAAAUCCUGUGAAAUUGAUCCAGUGAAGCUCAAAGAGUCAGAGAACUUGGAGACAAACAGGGAAAACCUUCGUCAGUAUGUCGACCGCAUCUUCAACGUCAUCACCACCUCUGGCGUUCGCUGUCCCACCGUCAUGUGUGACAUCUUCUUCUCUCUGAGAGAGUCUGCUGCCACUCGUUUCCAAGUUGACCAAGAUGUCAGAUACACAGCGGUAAGCAGUUUCAUCUUCCUGCGUUUCUUUGCUCCAGCCAUCCUUUCCCCCAACCUCUUCCACCUGCGGCCACACCAUCCAGAUCCCGCCACCUCACGAACCCUCACCCUCAUCUCCAAGACGAUCCAGACUCUGGGAAGUCUUGCCAAAUCUAAAUCUGCCAAUUUCAAAGAGUCUUACAUGGCUGCAUUUUACGACUACUUCAACGAGCAGAAAUACGCGGACGCUGUGAAGAAUUUCCUGGACCUGAUCUCUACCUCUGGCAAAUGGGAUCAAAAGAGCAUUGAGACACCAAUUAUGCUCAAAGAAGGAUUUAUGAUAAAAAGAGCACAAGGGAGAAACCGGUUUGGAAUGAAAAACUUCAAGAAGAGAUGGUUCCGCCUCACUAACCACGAGUUCACCUACCACAAAACCAAAGGUGAGGGAGCUCUUUACAGCAUUCCUAUAGAGAACAUCCUGGCUGUAGAGAGGCUAGAGGAGGAGUCUUUCAAGAUGAAAAACAUGUUCCAGGUUAUUCAGCCAGAGCGAGCACUCUACAUCCAGGCCAACAACUGCGUGGAGGCACGUGACUGGAUCGACAUCCUGACCAAAGUCAGCCAAUGCAACCGCAAACGCCUGAGCACCUACCAUCCUUCAGCCUACCUCAAUGGCCACUGGCUCUGCUGCAAACUGUCAGCGGACACAGCCCCCGGGUGUACGCCCUGCACCGGGGGUCUCCCAGCAAACAUCCAGCUGGACGUAGAUGGAGACAGAGAAACAGAAAGAAUUUAUUCCCUCUACAGCACAUACAUGACCAAACUGAUCAAGAUGCAAGAGGCUUGUGGCAGUAAGUCUGUGUACGACGGGCCCGAACAGGAAGAAUACUCCAGCUUUGUCAUUGAUGACCCCCAGGAGACCUACAAAACCCUGAAGCAAAUCGUUUCAGCCGUUCAGACCUUGGAGCAGCAGCACACCAAGUACAAACGGGACAAGUUCAAGAAGACAAAGAUUGGCAGCCAGGAGCAUCCGAUUGGAGACAAGAGUUUUCAGUGCUACAUUCGCCAGCAGUCUGAGUGCUCCACCUACUCUAUCUAGCAGUGGCCCUGUAUACUGUUUCCACUCUGCCCAGAACCAGCAUAUCUUUCUUUACUGCAGAAAAAAUAUACCAUAACACAGCUCUGUGUGUAGCGUUGAGUUUUAAAUCUUCAUCUCUUUUCUAAGCAAGGUAAAAAAGAAAACCAGGAGUUCCCAUGCCAAAUAACUUUUAAAGAUCGUUCAGGAAUCAAAGAUGCAGAUUUAAUGAGAGUAUAACCUGAUUUUUUUUUUUUUUUUUCAGUAGCAGUUUUAAGACUCGCUGCCAGACUGAAAGAGCUGUGUUGUGUAGAUCCACUUUUUCUCGCAGUGUCUCAAUGUGCAUUUCUCCAAAUUGGAAAAAAAACAGUCCCUUCUUUGAUGUGACCAGAGAACGAACAUUUUCACUGGACAGUUUUGACAGUGACCAACACGCACUUUAAUCGCCUCCGAAUCUAUGGAUGAAAAAGCCUCACAGCACACCUUCAAAGAGCUUUUUAUCUUUUUGAUUUGCGUUUGGUUGUUGAAAUAUUCUGUUGUAUUUCAAGUCUGAUAGACCAAACUUUGAAAGGAAGGAAGAACUGGGGUGGGGGGGGGGUGUCGUUGACCCCAUGUACAUUUUUUCUUUUUCAAUUUUUUUGUUCUCAACCUCCUCAGGGAGGCUGUGCAUACCAAGGGGCCACAAGAAGAGAUCACUGGGACCAAGCACAGCUGAGAGAAGAUUGAUGUUAGUAAUUGAAAUCACUCCACACACAGUUUUAUCACUCUUUUUUUAAACCUUAUCUUCACCGUUCUAAGCUUUGUCCUCUUGUGGUUGUAUGUUGUGCUCCUGUGUGAUGAGUACAUCAGGUUAAAGGAAAAACAUGCUGUUUUCUUUGCCUGUUUUCAAAGAGUUUUUGAAUCCGGUUUUUAGAUUUGGACAAUUUUAUAGAUGCCAAGGUGAAGCCUCUCAUUGUCACCAUCAAAACCAGUUUCUGUAGAUAGAAAAGGAGAGUAAGGAAGUUAAGCUGUGAAAAUUUGCCCACUGUGUACAUUUAGUACAUUGUUAUUAUUACUAUAAUUAGUAGACAUUUAGGCAAACAAAGAAAGUCUCAGGCAUUGAAACCUUAAAUAGAUUGAUUGGAACUUUGCCAGCUCAAAUGAACUUGUACUUGACUCCCAUGUAAGAAAAAUCCUGCUUAAAUGGAGUUUAGAACUGCAGUCAAAAUUAAUUCUGUAGUUCUUAAGCAGGACUAAUGCAACAGCAAGAACCUGUCCAGUUCUCUGCUUGUCAGAUCCACUUCUGCUAUCCAUGACAAUUUAACAGCUUAGCCAUAUGCUAAUGUGUAAGCUAAUAAUGUUCAGUUUCUCUUCACUUUAUUUUUAUUUAUUGUAUAUUCAAGAGGGAGGUAGAAUCAUAAAAAAAAUCCACUGGAUGUAAGUCAGUCCUAUUUAAAACAUGUUCUGGCAGAGUAGGGGAUUGGAUUAUAAAACCAUACAGGUGUUUCCACUAACUAUAACAUGGCCCGAGCCUUCAAACCCCUGUAGGUCAGGAGCCCAUUUAAUGAAAAGCUUAACGUUUGCUGGCUCUCACAUACCUUUAUUAGGUCCCUAAAAGUGACUUAUACGGUAAUAAAACUGUUUCAUAUUAAUAUGCAUAAAAAACUAGCUGCUGUGGAAUCAGGUAAACUUGCACAUCCCUUCUUCUUCUCUGUGCUUCAGCUUGACCUCCAAAGUUCCUCUCUGCAGUCCUGCACAGGUUAGUAGCUGUGGCGGCUAUAGAAGUGGCAGGGAUUGACUGAUUGACCUCUCCCAGCUCAAAACUGGUUGUUACAAAUUGCAAUAAAAGUAUUACAGGGAUUUAAACAAACCUGAUUUUUCAGUUUGGCCAUUUGGAAAAUGAGAAAGAAAUAUAAAGAAAUUCUUCUUUAUAAGAUAUGCUCAUACUUAGUAACCUUUAGGUCAAGAUCACUAUGCAGCAUAGGCUCAAAUAUACCUUUUUUUUUAACUCUGUAUGUUGCUGAAGCCCAUUAGUAAGGAUGUUUUAGGUUCUCUUCAAAUUAAUCCAUAUACUAAUAUUUUAACCAGUUUUGUUUCGAGUUAUAAUCAUGAUUGGAUUGUGUGUGGCUGAUUCUGUUGCUCUGCCAGCCUCGUUGUUGUUUUAUUCUUUAAAAAUGAAGUCCCCUCCUUGCUUGUUUUUUUUCAAAGCUUAUUUAUAUGCAUUCCUCUGAGAAGUCGUCUGCUGUGAAUCUUGUCAGACGGCAGCUCAGAAUCUGUUGAAGGUACAGGGAUUUAUUGUAACUAAUCAGCUGUUUUGUGUUGAUCUCUGCUUUGCAAAGGCAAACGCUCUAAUUGACAUAAGCGCUCACUCUUGCCAAAACCAGUGCUUGUUUAAACAGCGACGGUGGCCCUCCACGACAAACCAGAGGCAAAUUUUGUAUUUUCCAAAACUAAAUAUAUGUGUAGUGUAGCCUCAUGGGUGUUACUGUGAUCACAGGAUCCAAACCAGUGCCAGUCAUCACUUUUCUUAAGCUUCAUUUUUGAAAAACAAACAAAAACUAUCUUAAAUAUCGUAGUAGCAGUCAAAAGUUUGGAUACACAGACUCACUCAAAUUUAAUGGGCAGUUCUGUCCAAACUUUGACUGGUACUAUGUGUAAAACAGCUUAUAACUGUUUUAAAAACAGUUGAGCAGUUUUUCCUGUGACAUGUAAUUCUUUAUCAAAUAUGUUGAACUUUAAGGUUCUAAACUAUUUGAAUCCAUUUUCUGUAUUUUUUCUGUCAUACACAGAUCUUGAACUGAAUGACUGAGGUGUGUGUAUUUUGUGCUUGUUUGUCAGCGUGAACAGAAGUGACUGAUGGGUUUUAUUGCCAACUGAUUUAACCUUGUGUUACAGGUCCUGAGCAGAGAAGGUAAAGUGUCACUUGUUAAAAACAACCACUGCCUGUAGUUAUACUAAAGACACUGUUGCUCCGCUCUGGCCUGAUGUAGUGAAUUCUUCUUUUCCUUCUGUAAAGAACCUCUGUUCUUACUUAAGAAACCCUUUGCCAAUUUUGUUCUCCCCAAACAUUUUCUGUAAGAGAACAGUGUCGCUUUAACUUCUAAACUUUGGUGAGUGUUUGUUUCCAUCAGUUGCUAACUCUCCUCAGGUGUAUGAAGCUCAUAUUUAUUAUAAUUUUCCAUUAAAACCUUCCCAGAAACAUCAGCUGAGGCGGUGCAGUGAUGGCAGUUACGGUAACGGUGCCUCCCUCAUCCUGAAGCCCACCAAAGGGGAAUAAGUUAUGCAAUAAAGAUGAUAUGCAAUAUUAUCCCAGUUUAACACAUCUUCUGACCUUUUUUCAGUAAAAUGCAUAUUCAGAUAUUAUAAAGGGAGAACAGUGUAUUUUGUACAAAUAUUUUAAAAGUAUUAAAAUAACCGUGUUAAAUGUGUAUAUAAAAAAAUGAAUGAAUGGUGAAAACGUGAUGUUUUUUUUUUCCUGAACUAAAUGAAACCAAUAUUAAUGCCAAUGUGUCUGUGUCCUUUAUUAUUUAACCCUUUAUGGUACGCAUUAUGAUACCAGUGAGGAAAAAAAAAGUUUGUAGUGUUUUAAUGUCUCAAAAUAGACCAAAUAAAAAUAAU